CAAAAAUCGGGGACAGUCACCUCAUGGAAACCGCGUCGUGCCCCAUUCUAUACACAAUCCGAUUUCGCGGCGGCGGCACCACUGCACGCGCCGCUAGUUCUGCAAAACUGUACUCUGACAUACACGGCAAGCUUUUACGUGGCAAUUCCAUAAUCCCUCCUCCAAGUUACAAAUUCGGCGACAACAGGUUACAAUUUGGUCGUUUUAUCUGUAAUGCCUCCACAGCAAAUACAACUCAGAGUGACCCGUCUCAGAAAAUCGCCCUUCUUCUCGAAGUUGAUGGGGUUCUAAUGGAUGUGUAUCGCUUAUGCAAUCGCCAAGCUUUUAAUGUAGCGUUUAGAAAGCUGGGGUUAGACUGUGCGAAUUGGACGGAGCCAGUUUAUUUAGAUCUUGUAAGGAAAAGCGCUGGUGAUGAAGAAAGGAUGUUAAUAUUGUUUUUUAACAGAAUUGGUUGGCCCACCUCAGUUGCCACAAGUGAGAAGGGUACUUUUAUGAAAAAUGUUCUUCGAGAGAAGAAGAACGCACUGGAUGAUCUUGUCAUAUCAAAUGCUUUCUCAUUGAGACCUGGUGCUGAAGCGUUCAUCGACGAUGCUUGUGACAAAGGCAUACCAGUAAUUAUCUUGACAGCAUACUGUACAAGUGGAGAAAAGGUUGCGAGACUGAUUGCUGAAAAACUUGGAACGGAUAGAAUGUCUAAGACAAAGAUUGUCGGAGAUGAUGAAGUAAAACAAAGCUUUUAUGGACAACUUGUGUUUGGAAAAGGAGUGUCGUCCAGUUUGGACGAAAAAUUAGCCAGGGAAGUGAGCAGAGCAGCUUCUGCUGAGAGACAGAGAAUUGCAGAGGAAGUUGCUUCUAUACUUAAGCUUAAAGUUGAACUUAACACCACUUCAAGUGAAAGCUUACAAAACAUUGUAGCUGCACUAAGGGCAGGAGCAGAAUAUGCAGAAUUACCGGUUAAUAACUGUGUUCUGAUUGCCGGAAGCCAAUCUGGAGUUGCUGCUGCUGAGCGAAUUAGUAUGCCUUGUGUUGUUCUUCGCAGCAGUUCGACAUCAAGAGCAGAAUUCCCUUCUGCAAUUGCUGUAAUGGAUGGAUUUGGUGGUGCUGAUUUGACCAUUUCUAGACUUGUCAGGAAAUUGAUGUCAUAGGUUCUCAAAACUGUCAUAUGAUUGAUUCUGCUCUUUGUAAUAGAAAUAAAUGGUCUUUCAGGGCAAUACCAAAAAUCUUGUCUUAUUUGUAAAACACAGAUGGCAAUUUCGAAUUCUCCGUUGUUUUGCUUGCUA